UCUAUCAUCAUCAUUAUCUAUUUCGUUAUCAUAAACAGAUAUAAACAAAUAAGAAAAAAUUUAAAAAUCACGGAUAAUUACAAAGAAAUUUUUUGUUCAUCUUCUAAAUCAUGUGGUUUCAUGGCAUAUAAUUUUUGUUUGUUGGAUUUAACUGCAUAAUAUCAGAGAAUUAUUAAUUUUCUUUUUCAUGUGCAUGGCAGGAAGACUGAUUCUCAAAAAUUCGUUGCCAUCAGUCACACAUUAUGAUAUUAAUACUCAACCUGUUUUAACCGAUUUGGGAAAGCCCACUAAGAGAGGCAUAAAAAAGUGCUUUAAUUGCGGUAUCUAUAAUGGCACAAGGGGUUUAAUAUGUAAAAAUAAAAAGUGCAACACUCCAUUCAAAGGCAUUAAUUCAGAAUGUGAUUCAAGCAUUGAUGCAAUCAGAUUAAUAACAGGAAAUACAAGACGAGUUUAUUCUGUCCUUGUGAAAGAAAAAGGUCCACAUUAUAGGGGUUUUGUACAACUUCCAUUUACUGAAGAUGGAGAAGUCAAUAAUAGAAAAGUUGCAUUGUGUUUUGUUGAUUCAUGCCAACGUUUAUUUGAUAAUUCAAUUCUGAAAUGUCACGAAAAGAAGCACAAUGAUUACCAGCAUGAUUCAUUUUGUACUCAUAUUGAAUCAGCAUUUAAGAGUGUACAUGUUGCUAAAGCUUAUGAUAUAGAUAAAAAUACACUAAGUAAACUGGACUUUUCUGAAGAAAUAAAGUUAAGGUUACUGAAACUUGCAGAUGAAACUAUUGGUACUGUAGUUCAACAAGUUUCUAAAUCAGUAAUGGCAGUUAAAUGCCAUGUGAGUUCAAAAUAUCCUUUAGGAUAUCUGCACUUGACUUUUAUAAAUUGCAAAAGAAAAGAUAUUUUUGAUAAAUAUUCUUGUAAUUGUAAUCAAUUUAAAGAUCAUACUUGCAGUACAAAUGCAGACCCUAAAUGUAUUCACUAUUAUGCAUGUAUUUGGGCUUUUGCAAAUUGUCCUUCAUUACCAAAAGAAUUCAUACCAAUUGUAGCUUCAGAAGUGCCUUAUUCCUUUGGUGAAAUUAACUUAACUCAUGGUUUAUUGAAUGAUUGCAAUAAAAAGAAGUUAAAACGAAACAGAAAAAAUAAGCUGAACAUUGUAGAGGGACCGUUAAAUAAAGAAUGCUAUAAUAUCAAAAACAAUGUCAAUAACAAUUACACUUAUCUUAAUAAUAAUUUAAAUGAUUCACUUUUUAAUUUAGAAGAAUAUCAAAUACAAAAUGAUUGUGAAAGUACAGAAAAAAGAUGUAAAACAGAUGAAAGCAUCCCUGAACUUGUCAAAGAAAUUCCAAAUGUUAAUUUUGUUGAGUGGCUGAGCUCAGUUACAGAAAGAAUUAAUAUGUCUCUUUCCAGUCAUAAUAUUGACAAAUCUAUAGAGCAUUUAGAAUUUCAAAUUCCAGAAACAUUUUUUGACUCACUAAAAAACAGAAUAAAUCGGGGUAGCGAAAUUUCUCGCCAAUCAUUUUUGUCCAACAUUGCAGUCACUGAAAUCAAUCAAAUUCAACAUCUAUAUGAUAUUUUCAGUGCUCAUCAUUUGAAAGAAAUUUUUGACACACCACAAGUAUCCCUGUGCUUAGUAAAAACUGUCGUGCUGAAUAAAAAUAGUAUUGUUAUGUACCUGCAAGUCGAUCGUCAACAAAAAAUCAACAACAGUAAUAUAUUUUCUAUACAAUGGAGCCCUAAUGUUUUACCAACGUCCAAAUUUGGAAUUCUUAGACUUAAGUUUAAAAUUGGAAAGUUCAAUUAAAAUAUACCAAAGAUUGUGUGUUAUGUUGUAAUUAAAAUGAAGAAGUUUA